AUGAGUGGACGAAAUGAUCCCGCCUCAACUUUUGGACCAGCUUCUUCACCGUUACCUCUCAUGGGUGUGGAACGUGGAACCGGUUGUGGAGGCGGUGGAGGGGGAGGGGGCGAGGAGCCUCUCAACGGGGUGGCCCUGGAGCGACGAGAUGACGAGCCGCCCAGGAAGAAGAGCAAGCUGCAGGCAGUGGAGGACGUGUCGGCGCUCAGGAAACGAGUGCUGGAGUACAAGCUGCUGCGGCUGAAGAAUCUGAGGGAGAGGUUCACGGAGCAACUGAGCGAGUUAUAUUUUCUUCAGGCGGGUGGCAACAUGAUGGACUACUCGGCUUGGCGAAAAAAACCUCCAGGUCCACAGCUGACCGCGUUCUUAGAGUCCCGCCGGCCGCCGCUCGUGGUGCCGCCCCCGCCGGAGCCGCCCCCCCCGCCGCCCAGGGCGUCCUCCCCGGUGGUGCCAGCCAGUACUCCUAGCGUGGAGCCGCCGGUGGUGUCGUCGUCUGUCACUCCGGCAGCAGCCGCCGCCGCCGCCGCCGACGAAAUGGUCGAGAAGGCCAAGCAGGAGGCGUACGUGGCCGCGCGGGUGGCGGAGCUGGCGCGGGCCGGCCUGUGGACCGAGAGGAGGCUGCCGCGCGUGCUCGAGCCGCCCAGACCUAAGACGCAUUGGGAUUACUUGCUCGAGGAGAUGGCUUGGCUGGCGCAAGAUUUUGCACAUGAACGAAAGUGGAAAAAGCAAGCCGCCAAAAAGUGUGCUCGUGCGGUUCAAAAGUAUUUUCAAGAUAAAGCCGUCGCGGCUCAGAAAGCUGAGAAAGCUCAAGAGUUACAGUUGAAAAAGAUUGCUGCCUUCGCCGCUAAAGAAAUCAGAAAUUUUUGGUCCAAUGUUGAAAAGUUGGUCGAGUGGAAACGCGUCCGACGAGUAGAACGAGCCCGCAAGGAAGCUCUCGACGAACAACUGAGUUAUAUCGUGGACCGGACCGAGCGCUACUCGCGACAGCUGGCGGCCAACCUGGGCGCGCCCGCCACCACCCCCGCCGCCACCCCCGCCGCCCCGGACACACCGCCCUCCGACGACGAGUUCCAACCGAGAGGUGACUCCGACGACGACGAAGAGACCAUAGCAGCCGCCGAGAAGGAAGCCGCACACGACGCCGCGGACCAUAGGGACGAGCUGGAGGCGCUGCGGCGGGAGUCCGAUCUCGACCUCGGCGACCUGCUGCCCCCGGGGUACGUGCCGGCACACUCGCCGCCGCCCUCCGACUACGGACCCGACGACGACUCCGCCGACGACGAGGACACCAUCGCGGAGCAGGAACAGAACGAACGGCCCGAGGACGCCGCCGCCGAGCUGGACGCGCUCAGGAACGACGCGCAGCUGGACGUGCACGAGCUGCUCGGGAGAUACGCGGCCGACGACGGGGACGGCUCUACGGACACGGAGCGGGGCACGGACGACGAGGACGGGCCGGAGGACAUGAGUAGCGACGAGUCCGCUGACUCCGAGCAGCUGGGAGCGCUCAUGGAGACGGACGACAUGAAAGAGGAGGCGAGUGGGGACGAGCCCCCUGCGGAGGGAGAGCAGCGCGUGGAGGCGGCCGCCUCGCUCGCCGCCUCGCUCCAACCGACCGGCACCACGCUGUCGGAGACGGCCGUGGCGACGCCCGUGCCGGGGCUGCUGCGACACUCGCUGAGGGAGUACCAGCACGUGGGCCUCCACUGGCUGGCCACCAUGCACGCGCGGGGACUCAACGGCAUCCUGGCCGACGAGAUGGGGCUCGGCAAGACCAUACAGACCAUCGCCCUGCUGGCGCACCUCGCGCUCGACCGCCGGGACUGGGGGCCGCACCUCGUGGUCGCGCCCACCUCCGUCGUGCUCAACUGGGAGAUGGAGUUCAAGAAGUGGUGUCCGUCCUUCAAGAUACUCACCUACUACGGCACCAUCAAGGAGAGGAAACUGAAACGUGUCGGUUGGACCAAAACGAACUCGUUCCACGUGUGUAUAACCUCGUACAAACUGGUAGUUCAGGACCAUCAGAGUUUUCGUAGGAAGAAGUGGAAGUAUCUCAUAUUAGACGAGGCUCAGAAUAUCAAAAAUUUUAAAUCUCAGAGAUGGCAGAUGUUACUGAAUUUCCAGACAGAAAGACGUUUACUGUUGACGGGCACGCCGCUACAGAACAGUCUGCUGGAGCUGUGGUCGCUCAUGCACUUCCUCAUGCCGGACGUGUUCGCCUCGCACUCGGAGUUCCGCGAGUGGUUCGCGCCCGUCGCCGGCAUCGCGGAGGGCUCGCACCGGUACAGCGACGAGCUCGUUAGGAGACUGCACGAGGUUCUGCGACCUUUCCUACUGCGGCGCCUGAAGGCGGACGUGGAGCGACAGAUGCCGCGCAAGUACGAGCACGUGCUCAUGUGUCGACUCUCCAAGAGGCAGCGGUUCCUCUACGACGACUUCAUGUCCCGAGCGAAGUAA